CUGGAUCACGGCCCAUGGGCCGAUCUCAAAAUAUCUACCCCGUCCACCCCGCUCCGCUCGCCAGGGGGAACAGGCUCAGUUUCGUCCAUCCCUGUCAGGUCGGACGCCGCAAUGCGUCGGCGCUACGCGGCGCUCCUCCGCCGCGCCGCCUCCCUGCCGUCCUUCCCGCUCGUGUCCUCUCUCCACGCCGCUUCGCUCCGCCGCGGCGCCCUCCUCGUCCCGUCCCUCAUCCAUGCCUACUCCGCCUGCGGCGACCUCGCCUCGGCCCGUAACCUGUUCGACGAAUUGCCCCCGGAAGGACGUACGCUCUCCGCGCGCACCGCGCUGGCCAGCGCGUUCUCGGCGCAUGGACGGUCCCGGGAGGCCCUGAACCUGUUCUCCGGGCAGGAGGAGGCCGAGAUGGACGGCCAGGCGGUGACGGUGCUCCUGGCCGCGUGCGCGCGUGCCGGGAUGGUGGGCGAGGGGAGGAGGGUGUUCGCGAGGGUGCGCCGGCCCGCGCUACAGCACUACACGUGCAUGGUGGAGAUGCUGGGGCGGGCCGGGGAGGUCGAGGAGGCGGAGAGGCUGGUGGCGGGGAUGGAGGCGCGCCCGGACAGGGUCAUCUGCGCGGCGCUGCUCGCCGCGUGCCGGGUGCACGGACGUGUCGACGUUGCCGAGCGGGUGGCCAGGUUCAUGCAUCGGUAUGGCAUCGCAUGAAAACUUGCAGUCUGCCAAUGCAUCGGCAAUUCGGUAUGCACCCAACAUCGGAUCAUCUUUCAUGCAUUGUUCGCGAUGAUUCCUGGGAUAUGAAACUGACAAGAAAUAGAUGAGGGAGGUGGUGGUGCUGCUUGUUGCAAUGUGUUCAGUAAUUGAGGCCAGCAAGCGCCCCUGACUGGUGAAACCUGAAAUUUGUAGAAGGCAGUGACAAGCUGACAGUGACUGUUUAUGGGUGGCAAGGUCUUCUUUACUUCUGGCAUGGCAUGAACACAUGAACCUCAGUGUCAGUGUGUUCCAUUGUUGGCCUCUGUAUGGACGGAUACUUUGAUUGCAUGAAUGCUAUGCAGGCCUCUAACAGAUGCCCAGUAGAAUGUGACAAUUGUUUCUCCUCUUCACACUGUGAGCUCUCAUGUUGCCUCGAUGCAGCUAGCAGUGCAGCUCUGAGAGGAGUACAUGGCUAAUCAUACAGUGAAACUUCCCAAACUUGAUUAUAAUUGAUCGAAGAGCUGGGUUUUAAGUCAAAUUUUGUGCAAAAAAGAUCUGAUGGAACUCUAUGAAACUGUAAAUGCAGUAAGGUUGGGAAUGUCUGCUUUAUUGAGUUUUGCUGUUUGCGGACAAAAAUAACAUUGACCCAUGAUAAAAUGUGCCGCUUCUUUAAUGGGUGUAUAAGAAAUGAGAUGUUAUUUCUCAAAACUUGUGGUGACUGGUGAGGCCUAUAUUAGCAAUCCGGUCAAGAAGCUCCUGAGUUCUGACAUCUUUCCCAUGGGAAAGUGUAAUUGCUAACAUAAAUCAGAUGUUGGAAAUGGAGCGGUUUCUUGUGCUUACUGCCAGUAUCUGUUUCUUAUACCGGACAUAUGCCCAAAGUAAAAUUCGUACAAUUGAAAUUGUCUGUUACCACGUACUUCUUGGGUUGAUAGAAAGCCUGGCAUGUGAUUGGAGCUCUUCAGAUUUCUUAAAUACGACUGUAAGACAACAGAAAUCGCACCUUGGAAUUUCAGAGAUUCUGAUACAGAUGCUGACUGAAGACAACUAGUUGCAGCCUGGAGCAAAUUAGCAGGGGGAGACGGCACACAUGCCCGGACCGACAAUCACAAUCUUACCAGUCGAAAUUGCCUGUUACAAUGUACUGGUAGAGUUGUCAUGAAGCCUGACAUGUGAUUGGGAGCUCUUCAAAUCCUUCGGAUAACUCACAUAUGGCUGUAAUAGACUGCUAGAAAGUUGGGCCUAGGUAUUUCAGAGGUUCCGAUACUGAUCCUGACUGGAGACGAAUCAAUAGCAGCCUGGAACAAACUAGCAGUGGAAAGAGACAGAUAAUCACAGAAGCGUCGGCAUCCUAAUCUGUCCUUGCAUCCGAAGGAACCCAUGAAGCAGGAAUUAUCAAAGCAUUUUUCAUCUAAAGCUGCGAUGAAUGGACGACAAUUUUGCGGCUAGCAGGGCAACUCUUCCCUGUGCCAUACAUUCCUUUGCUGAUGCUGAUGCUGAUCGUUGACAGAUGGGAGAGGCAGGCACCCAGAGUCAUCAGAGGUUGCAGCCGAGGGAAAUACUGAAUCUGAACUCGAACGCCAUGGCGGCUUCCAAGAACGUACCAGAUUCAGGUCCCCGACGGCUGCCUGCCAAGAACAGCACGGCCGUUGCUUUCAGUCUUUUACUAGCGCUGGAGUGCAAGGUUCCAACUGAGGCACUGAGCUGCCGUGGAAAACUCGGAUUAGCGUUGCUUUCACUCUUGGUUUCAUGCUGAUCUGCCUCUACAUGUCCAGAAAUGUGCACUUGUGUCU